AUGUAAGGAAUAGUAACAGAGUAAUUCGCAGGGACUUUGAAUCAUGCAUUUCGGGAACUUACUAGAAGAUAACUGCAUUCUAUGAAAGAGUUUGACGAACUUAGUGCUGAAUUUUAGAGACAUACUGACAAGAUGAAGAUUACUCAAACCUAUUAACCAAUCAUUGAGAUAUUUACAUAAAUAAAUAAAUGGAUGAUUGAUAGAUUGGAAAAGGGACAACAUUUCACUGAUUAGAUCAUGACUCAAAAGAAGACUUAUGAUACCAUUUUAUAACAAGAAAGAAGCGUGUGUUUAGAAAUAUGUAAAUUGGAUCUAAAUCGUUUAAACAGUUUAAAACAGUGUUUCUUUCAUUAUCAAUAAUAGUAUAUUCUUGACAAUAUGUGAUAGUCUGAAGAAAGAAUGGUAAAGAGACUUUGUCGAAUACCAACUGCUGUAUUUAACAUGCCAAGAAUAUUAAUUAGAUUAUCCUCAAUUGUUAGCUGCGAUAUAAAAGUUAGAGGAUAAGAACAACUUACUCUUGGACCUGUUUAAGUCACACAACAAAGAAAGAGGAUUCCUGUAUUAAUUUUAUUUAAAAUAUGCAAAAUUGAGAGUAUAAUACUUUGAAGCUACAAAAUAUAACGGUGAACAAUUGAAGAAGCUGGCAAUCAUUAUUCAAAGAAACAGCAAUGGUUUGGUUAAUAUGAUUUAGAACGAUUAAACUCUCUAACAUGAUUAACUUCUAUUAGAGUUGUAGAAGUCAAUAAGUUUUCAUGUUGAAAUUCAUUAAGAAAUAUUGGAUAUCCUUAAUUAAAUGAUUAAAUUCGCCGAACAAUCCAAUGAUAGUCUAAAUUCCAAAUACACAAAGUAUAUGCAAUUAGUUUUAGAAAUGCAAUCAACUUCCAAUCAAACUAAUUUCCAUGAUUGUAUAAUAAUUAUACUAAUAGAUUCGCAGUUUUGAUGCAGCAGAUGAGUCUUACUCUAUCAGGAAUGGUGUAAUCCAAUAUUGUAAGAGAUCGAUGCUUCAAUAAUUUCAUUAUUGAAUUAAGUGAACUCAUUCAUUUUAGAAUUAAUAAUUUGAAUUGUAAGGCUAAUGAUAACCUAAAAGAAGCUGUCCAACAAUAUAAUAAGAGUAGUUAUAGUCUUAAUUAUUUAAGAUUAGCAAUUGCAUCAUCAAAUGAGAGGGGAGUAGUAAUGGAAUGAUAUGCUCAUGAGGCAAAAAGAGAUCUAUGAGAGACAAUUGAAAGAAUAUUAAAAUGUGUUAUAAUUCAGAAAGCAAAGCUAUUUAAAGGAUCAGAGCAGAUUUUGCAAUAACCCAAAGGUUAUCAAUCUCUCCUCUUUAGAUUUGCCAUUGACAGCCAAAGAGUUUUUCAAAUUGUUUCUUAGCAGCGAUGAAUAAAACUUCUUUGCCCAAUUCAAAACUAAUGUAAUGAAGGAAAUCUAAGUGAAAUAUACUCAAUAUGAACCUGCUCCACCCAGCUUCUUUGUCCAUGAGGAGAACUUCGAUAUUAAAGAAUUGAUCGAUCAAUGUUGUGCCAGCAAAAGAGUUAUUACUUAUAAAUAACCUAACAGAGAUAAACUCAAAUUAUUUAGUCCAGAAUAUGUUAACUGUAAAUGCGAAUAGUUUGUUUACUUCAUAAGUGAUGCUGAAAUCAUGGUUGAACAAGAAGUUUUCAAUGAUGCAAAUCAAUAUUGCUCUAUCAGAAAAUACAUGCAUAUCAUUCAAACCAAUAAUAAUGAAGUCACUUUACAGUACUCUUAUAUUUAUUCAUUUAGUUAUGGUUACUACAAACAUGAAUUGAAGUUUAAUAUAUUUGGAUUACUUGACUACUUUUCAAAUUAAGAAGAAAAGGAUAUCUAUGAAUAAUAGUUAUAACCUGCCAUGGUUAAAUGUGUUCAAUAGUAUUUGUAAAAUAAAGAAAAUCUUAAGGAAGAGAGAAAAAAACAAUUUAUUCUUAAUAACAAUAUAGAUUAUAUGCUUAACCAAUAAAGUGAAGUCAAUCCAUAGCCGUUUUAACCAAAUAUUCCAUUUAUUAAAUAGGCAAACUAAUUAGCAUCAAACAAAUGGACGAUGGCCAAUAUGUUAAGUUAGGAGAGUCUUAUGAAAUUAAUAUUUUUAUUACUCCUUCUGAAUUUUUUCAAACCACAAGUAGUUUGA